AGUGGUUCAAAAGGAGUUACAAUCUUGCAAAAAUUAGGUUAAAGAGGCAAAAAGGGGUUAUUAGUGUCAAAAAUGAGUUAAUACUGGUACUUAAUCACAGUUGUGGAGGGCUCAUUCUCUGGGGUUUUCAGGGGCCCAACCAGUUCUGUUGUCAGGCCUGUCUCCUUGAGGCCUGCUGCAUUUUAGAUAAUAGGGAGAGAUCUCACUGGUAAUGCCUUCAAAUGUUUUGAAAGGAAAUACAAAUGCUACUCCAAUAAUAUUUCAACUAGACCAAAAUAUUUCUUCAAUUUUUGUAUAUUUGAAAGUCCGGCCCCCAUAGUUUCUGUCGAGACUAAAUCUUGCCCUUGUGCAAAUUUACUUGAUGACCCCUGCUAAAGAGUGUAUUUAUAAGUGAUGAAACAACAAAGUCAGUGGUGCCUACGACACUCUUGAAGACUUUUGCACAAACUACUCUUCAUUAAUAAUACAUAUCCUAUCGACUUAUCAGUAUAAACGUCCUCAUAAUAAAAAACGUGACACUAUUUAUCAGAAAUAAGCAAAUAAACAUAUGCAAAAAAAAAGACACAUGCAAAGACGGAUGCAUUAUAUAGGAGCAUAAAAUGAGCGUAUUUAUGUAUAUAUGACUCUGAAUGUUUAUUGUGCUCUGUGCACGCAGCAGCCCGCCCACUCCUCAGCUCUAAACCAAUCACACGCGGUCCUCCACAUCCCGUCUGCCCAUCAACCCGUGUCCAGCCCCCCCAGCAUGACGUAACACCCAGUCUGAAAGUGCAAUGGCGAUAUUGGACAAUAACAGCCAUCGCUUUUGGGCACCACAUCUAUAUUAUGUGGCUAACGCUGAAGAAAACACCUCCACACGGCUGCAGAAACAAGUGUAAUAUCUACAACCUGCGAGCAGGAAGGAGGAUCUCACAGCCUGUGCACGCCAUGACAGUUUAGACUCAAAAAACGCUGGUAAGUGGAAACUCUGGUGAUUGCAACAGCAUUUGCAGAAAGCCAGUAAACGGUCUCUUGCAGGCUUCAGAUUUCAAAGGGGCGUGGCGGCGUGCUGGGUAUCACUCCUGACUAAAAGGAUGCUGAUAGCUUAGCAACAGCGACAAGGAAGGAGGGAAAGAGGAUGGAGAUGGAGAGAGGAUGGAGGGAGACAAUGGAUGUGCGAUCUGUCAGCAGUGUUACUGGGUGUGACGUGUGAACAGACACCAUGGCCACGCAGGAACCGUCCCCUCCGUCCUCCAUGGAGAGCAACAAGCCCGGCUUCCCCAAGAAGAUCCUGGGCAACAAGCUGGAGGACAAACACCUGUGCAACUGCUGCCACAACAUACUCAGACGACCGUUUCAAGCCCAGUGUGGACAUCGCUUCUGUUCCUACUGCUUCAACAGGACUGUCAGUAACGGACCCCAGAAAUGCAGUGCCUGCAUUAAAGAGGAUAUUUUUGAAGAUCCUACGUCAAUUUUGAAACAAGGAUGUGCUUUUCCAGACAAUGCAGUUCGAAGGGAAGUUGAACACCUCUCAGCUGUUUGUAUCAAUGAAAGUUGCACUUGGAAAGGCAGCAUUAAGGACUAUGAGAUGAACCACGAAGGAAAGUGUGAGUUCAUGAUCAUCCCCUGCCCCUCCUGUAAAGAACGAAUACGCUUCAACGAGCAGGAGCGCCAUAAUGAGCGAGAGUGCCCGGAGAGAACGCUCAACUGCAAGUACUGCAAGGAGCCAUUUCACUUCAAAAACAUCAAGGCACAUGAUGAGAUCUGCCCCAAGUACCCGAUGAUCUGUGAAGGCUGUGCUAAGAAGAAAAUACCCAGAGAAAAGUAUGUGGACCACAUCAAGUUCUGCAGCAAGUUUAGAACUCCAUGUCGAUUUCAUGUUGUCGGAUGUGACAUGUCUGUAGAAAAAGAAAAGAUUCAUGACCACGAGCGCGCCUACGCCUACGAGCACCUCAACCUGCUGCUACACUACAUCAUGGGCAUGAAGGUGAGCAUGGAGGGCCUGCAGCCCCAGGGACUGGAAGUCGCCGGACACAAACUGGUGGAGCUCCAACAGUCCCUCCGGGAGCUGGAGGCCAGAGUCUCCCAGCUCAGCACCACCUCCUCUGGGCCUCCCGUGCAGGGAGCCGCAGCCGCCUCCUCCUCUUCAUCCUCCAGCUCCGGCCCCUCCGGUCCUCCUGCUUCAGCUCCUCUCCCUCCACCUCCCACUCUGGCUCCCACCCUGUCUGUGUCCACCUCCUUCACACCCCUGCCCAGCUCAGUGGGCGCAGCGCUGGAGCUCCAGCUCCACAGCGAGAAGACGAAAGUGGCUGAGCUGGGGCGGAGGUGUACGGAGCUUGAAGUUAAAUCGGGCACUUUUGAAAAUGUGGUGUGUGUGCUGAACAGAGAGGUGGAGAGGUUUGCCACCACCAUGGAGGCAAGCAACCGUCAGCACAAACUGGACCAGGACAAGAUCGAGGCUCUGAGUAACAAGGUGCGACAACUGGAGAGGACGGUGGGGCUGAAGGACCUAACAGUGGCAGAGAUGGAGGGACGGCUAAGAGAAAUGUCUGCCACCACCUUCGAUGGUGUCUUCGUCUGGAGGAUCUCUGAUUUUGCCAAAAAGAGACAGGAUGCCGUCGCAGGUCGAGCCCCUGCCAUGUUCUCACCAGCCUUCUACACCAGUAAGUAUGGCUACAAGAUGUGUCUGCGGAUCUACCUGAAUGGAGACGGGACGGGGCGUGGCAGCCACCUGUCCCUGUUCUUUGUGGUGAUGAGGGGACUGAAUGACGCUUUGCUCAAAUGGCCUUUCAACCAGAAGGUGACUCUCAUGUUGCUGGACCAGAGCAACAGAGAGCACAUCAUCGACGCCUUCAGACCCGACGUCUCCUCCUCGUCUUUCCAGAGGCCUGUGAGCGAGAUGAACAUCGCCAGCGGGUGUCCGCUCUUCUGCCCGCUCUCCAAGCUCGAUGCCAAGAACUCUUACAUCCGUGACGACACCAUCUUCAUCAAGGCGAUCGUGGACCUCACCGGCCUCUAGGUGGCUCCGCCGAGGCGGUCUAGUUUGGCAACAUGGCAGCUCUUUGACCAUUACGGCUUCAUUUUGGCUCGAUCGUGGUCCCUUUAGGGCUCUGUUCAGGCAUCUCACUGUCCCCUGCUGCUUUAGGGAGGCAGACAUGCUUGUGACUGCAUGUGGCUGCAGUCCAGACAGCGCCAGCAUUGUCAUAUCCGGUGGUUUCUACGCGAGGACCACCAUCACUGCUGUACAUUUCAGGUGCAAACUUUUUUCUUUUGACAUCACGGUGAUAAAGCGUCGCUUCACACAAGUUUUCAGUUAAAAGACACAGAAGGGAGCACCGGUGCAGCGUGGUCAGUGCAGGGUGUAGCAGACGCAGAAAUGUCAGAGGAGUUUACAGCAGCUUUUGUUUGAAAUCUACUUUGUUUGACAGCUUUGGUUGAAAUAUAUCCUUAAUUUGGAGGGAUUGUAGAUUACAGGUAGUUGGUGUGAUCAUUCUGAGUGUAGAAAGCUGGCAGUAGACGUAGAGUUAGAGCAUGGCUUUUGCUUUUCUUGCAGAUUGUGGAUAUUGUAAGCUUCUCAAUUCCAGUGUUUUCGAGUGAUUUUGCAUAGACAAACGUGGAGUUAUGUUAUGAAUAAGAUUACAGGCGUUUUUUUUGCCUUUUUUAUUUAACGCAAAGUGCAUGCCGCUGGCGUUAUCAGUAUAAAAAUCAGUCCUUAACUCGACUGAGCUUCACGAAAGUUCCUUGUUUGUUGUUAGUGACUUAGCCAUCCGUGAUGGUGGACAUUGCCUGCAUGUCUUUGGAGCCAGGCUAUUUUACAUGUAAAGUCAGUGUUGCGUAUUUGUUCCUAUUAGGGGUUUUCUGAUUGGUGGUUUGGUACAUCUGUGGAAGAUAACAGUGGAGUUUACCAAGGAGUCAGGGCAGCUUGCCGGACGAGCCUGAGACAUAAAACUCUCCGACAAACAUACGUAGCUGGAGUUUUUCCCCCCAAAGGAAGUGCUCACUCGCUCACAUCUCAACACAUAGUGCCGUGCCCCACCACAGAUUGAGGUCAACACAGAUUCCACGAAAUGAAGGAAUUGUUUGUUCCUUGUUUUCUGUCCAUACAGUAUACAGUGCAUAUGUGUUUCUGCUGCUCUAACAUAGAAUAAUAAUGUGACUCUAAUAUAUGUUGGUGAGGUAAAUGUUUGUAGAGGCUGAGUGGCUGAAAUGCUUAGUUGGCGGCCAUUAUUGACAUUAUUUAUCGCUGAUUGAUGUUCACUGCAGCCCUGAUGAAUCUUUAAGUGUGCUCUCACUGCUGUCCAUUAGGCACCACUAAUGUAUUCUUCAUUAUAAGCUGACGUGUAAUUCUCUACACGUCCACCCGAGGUUGCUGUUGCACUUACUUAGCAUGCAUGCUGAGGUUUUUUUUAAGCUUCAUGCUGGCCUGUUUGAAAACCAGUCUCGACCUGUAUUGAACCCUCUCUGUGCAUGGGAGGCUUCAAUUCAUAUUCACUUAGGAGUUUCACACUGGUUUACCUCCCGUGAGCCACGCGUGAAAGCGUUUAUUUGUAUUUGUUUGGAUGAAUAACCAUAGAAUAGUUAUUAUGUUAUAUCCGGCGAUGCAUCUGUUUAACAGAAGCAGCCGCCUAUAUUCAUAGCAAUUUAUAAAUAUGUAUCUUUCAUAUCAUAAUGUUGAAAUAAUCUAUAUAUCAAUGUUAAUAUACAGGAGAUGUUAUAAUAAACAUAGUAUUACUGAAUACCUUAUUAAUUCUAUAUCUAUAUACCAGCUUUUUCUUUGUCAAGAUGGUUUGAACAGGCCAGGACGCCCCCUUCUUUAGUGCAGUAAGGACUUCUGACUCCUUCUAUAGUGCAAUAUAUGAAUACGUCUGUUAGAUUUUGAGGAUUUCUCAGCUUUAAGGGUUAACGGAGGUCAUACUUGACUUACUUGUUUACAUUACUCAUCGUGGCUCUGAAGGACUGCAAUCAAUUUCUAACUCUACAAGGAAAAAAAUGGUGCUUUCCUUGUCAUUUAACGUUACUUUACACCGCUGACAUCAGUCAAAAAGCUAAUCAUAAGGCAAAAAGAGCUGAUAAUUUUUAGAAAGUCCAUUUUAAUGUUGAUGAAUUUAUGCUAAAUAAAGUAGGUGUGUUUCUAUUCUUUACAUUUUCAAUGAAGAGUGAGCAUGUAAGUAAGUGAACUUUUUAAACCUUGAGUGUUCUUGUAAUGUGCCAGAAUCAAAUAUUACCUCCAUGUUAUACUAACAUUGUUGUAUUGCAAGUUGUAUUUUAUGUUCUAUGCUAAAAUAUGGUGCCAAAUAUGUUUAUAUUUAAGUUUCUGCUGAGUGAAUGUGUGGGUGUGUAAUUUUAAUACAAUGCAUUGGUCAUUAUUUCUGUAAACAACAAAGGAGAUCUGAAAUACUGUCCCAUAAAACUGCCCUCUAAUUAUUACAGACCCUCUGGAGGUUUUUUGAAUGUAAGCUUUAACUCUCUUUUCAGCAGUUCUGUCAUGUGAUGCAGUUGACUGGAACCUACUUUAUUUGUGCACUUUGUCGUUUGUCCAAACAGGGUAUUUUGUUGAGUGAUUUAUGUACUUUGAAAUCAGAGCCAUAUAUAUUCUGAUGUUGAUAAUUGAUGUAUUAUGCUCAAA